CCUCCCUAACGUGUUUGGCCUGUGCAAGAUGGACCCAAGCUUCGACGGCAUUGAAUCAUCUCUCACGUUCAACGAUUCCCAGCCCAUCGAUAACCUCUGUAACGCUUACCUCGGCAAUAUGGACUCAUAUCACUCUACGGCUACCCAGGGAGGUGCAUCAGGAUACCUAGAUAUGUAUGCUUGUGCUAGUGACUACAAUGACGACGGACAACACUUCCCAGCUGUCGACGUGAGGGACUGGGGUGGAAAUGAGUGUGUACAGUGGGCAGAGAGUGUGUGUGAGGCUCUCGGUGUUGACAAGGCCAGCUUAGAUCUGUGGUCGACCUUCAGCAGUAGAACGGGCACUCACCUAUUGCAACUCUCCCAGCAGAACUUCUCUCAGCUCUUAGGACCUCAAUAUGGUCCUAUUUUCCACUCUCAGCUCCAAACACUCAGGAAAAGAAGAGGAAACGGUACGAACAAGGGACGACGUCAACAUAACCAAAUCCUCACCACUGACGCUGCCCCCACCUCCUACGGCCAUCCCUCCAGUUCCUACGACCUGGGUGGGGCAUCUUACUCACCAGCCGCCAUCUCCUAUGACUUCAGUACGAGUCCUUAUGACCUGGAGUCGUGGGAACUGACCAAUGAGGAUUUUAAGGACCUGGAUCGUUAUAUACCAGAGGAUGGUUGGGACCCUCUCUCACAUGACCUUCAGAGUCUUGAGUUACAGGAAGAGUUUAUGCCUAUUAAAUACGAUCACCAGGAGACUUUGCCAACGGUGGCGUUGGCAAAAGCUUCGCCAGCAGUGAAACAGGAGAACAACGUGUUUGAGAAGAUUCCUACCAAUACGAGAAGGAGGGAGCGAGGCCCUAAGAGCUGGGAGUUUCUUAUUCGACUACUGGAGGACAAGAGAAGCAACCCGUCCCUUAUACGCUGGGAAGACGAAGUCAAUGCCACUUUCCGAUUAGUUCAACCAGCCCUCAUUGCCCAGAUGUGGGGAGCACGUUCAGAGAAGCCAAAUCUCACCUAUUUCAACUUUGCUCGUGGGCUUAGGUACCACUACAGCACUGGAGCGUUACUACCUGUGUCAGAGAGACAACUUGUGUACAAAUUUGGACCAAAGGCUCUCAAACACCUGAGUGAGAGACAGCAAAGAUGAGACACCUCCUACUGGGACACCUUCUACUGGGACACCUCCUACUGGGACACCUCCUACUGGGACACCUCCUACUGGGACACCUCCUACUGGGACACCUCCUACUGGGACACCUUCUACUGAGAUAGAUACCUGAAGACCGAAAAUCACAUUGGUGUCUUCUGAUUUACAAUCCAACAGACUUCCCUGAUUAUCUUUAAAGUCUUCUGAUUGUCAUCCCUCAGACAUAACAAGAAUUUCAGGUGUUAUUUACUUAAAGUCAGUGGACAACACACAGACACCACCUCAUUUUCUGUUUUCCAAUCACGACUCAAUGAAGAAAAUCAGGAUCUUCUUCUGAUCUCCACCUACGAAACAGGUUAAAUGUGUAUCCUCUGAUUAUCGUGCUGUAAACUAGAGAAUAAUCAGAACUCCAGAUUUCCCACCUCCCUUUUUGCUGUGUAACUUACCACGAGAAAUAAUCCUCAUGUGUUCGUAUCACAUAUCAAGAACGUCCCGUGUUGAUCCGGAUUCAGGGUAGUUUUUGUAAGGCCAGUAAUACAUAGUGUCGCACGAACCCACAACAAAAGCAAUACCCUGACUAAAACAAGAAAACAUUUUUUCAACAGACAUAAACGUUGAUUCCAAAUUUUUUCUCACAACACCCCCUCCUCUCCCACAACACCCCUCCCUCUCCC